AUGAGUAAAAUGAAGCUGAAGCUCACUUAAUCAUAAAAAGAUUUGAAUUCCAAAUCUGAUAAAUCAAAUUAAAGAAAUCCAUCAUGGGAAAUAGAAUAAAUGAUGUCAUCACCAGAAGUUAAGAAGUUUGAAGCCUUUUUAUUUGAAUCAAUUACUACUAAAUAAAGACUCUCUAUGAAAUUUGCUUAAUUUACUCCUGUUCCCACAAAAAGGAAUGAUAUUAACGAGGAUCAAUUCAGUUGGAAUUACAUUCGAAACAGUGAUUAAUGA